AUGGCAGACAAACAAGUCGAUAGCGAAAUGAACGGCGAAGAUUUCACCAAGGAUGUUACCACCAAUGAUGUGGCGAGCCCUGAAAAUGGUGAAUCGACUCCCGCUGCCGGUGCUGCAAAUGGCAGUUCUGAAAAUACAGCCCCUGCGAGUAACCAGCGUGAUGACGACAGGAAACUAUUUGUUGGUGGACUCAGUUGGGAAACGACUGAGAAGGAAUUGCGCGAUCACUUUGGCAAGUUCGGUGAGAUCGAGAGCAUCAAUGUAAAGACAGAUCCUCAGACGGGCAGAUCACGCGGUUUCGCCUUCAUUGUGUUCACAAACACAGAUGCAAUUGAUCAAGUGAGCGCCGCUGAGGAGCACAUCAUCAACAGCAAGAAGGUGGAUCCCAAAAAGGCGAAGGCCCGCCAUGGCAAGAUCUUUGUCGGUGGACUGACCACAGAGAUUAGCGAUGAGGAAAUCAAAACCUACUUCAGUCAGUUUGGCAAUAUUGUUGAGGUGGAGAUGCCAUUCGACAAGCAAAAGUCACACCGUAAGGGCUUCUGUUUCAUUACCUUCGAUUCAGAGCAGGUGGUUACCGAUCUGCUGAAAACGCCCAAACAGAAGAUCUCUGGCAAAGAAGUUGAUGUGAAGCGCGCAACACCAAAACCUGAGAAUCAAAUGAUGGCCAUGCGUGGUGGAGCGCGAGGCGGUAUGCGAGGUGGACGAGGCGGAUACGGACGUGGUGGUUAUUCCCAUCAAUGGGAUGGCCAGGGUUCGUAUUCGGGCUAUGGCGGCUAUGGCGGUUAUGGUUCCGGUGGCUUUGCCGAUUACUAUGCCGGUGGCUACUAUAAUGGAUAUGACUAUGGUUAUGACUACGGUUAUGGCGGCGGCUUUGAUGGUGGCUUUGGCGGUAAUGGCUACGGGAGCGGCGGCGGCGCUGGCGGGCGCGGUGCCGGAGGUCCGCGCGGCGGUCCCAAAGGCGGCGGCGGUGGCUUCAACGGUGGCAAGCAGCGCGGCACUGGACGCCAGCCACGACACCAGCCCUAUUAAUCGGGCGGCAUUUGGAGCCCGACAUCUACUUAUAACUGCAAAACUAUUUGAAUUUUACUUAGUUUAGUUUGUUAUGUAUACAACAAAAUCAACAACUACAAUAACAAGGAGAAGAACACACAUACAUACACUUUCGCAUGCGCAUCUAUAAACUUCUAUAAAGCGACUGCUGGGCAGAACCCGUAUUCCCAUGGCAAA